GGUAAUAAAAAGAGUCUUUCAGUCAUAAACACCUUGUAUAUCUUCUUGAGAUUCAAUAGUUUUAAAAAUCGGAAGCAGCUUCAGCGUUUUCGUUUAAAAUAUAAGUUCUCGGCGUAAGGAAGUUCCCUUAAGUCAGUGCUAAAAAAAUCAACAAAACAUUUGAAAUAGUUUUGUUGUUUAUAAGAAGAUAAUUCUGAAACAAUGGCGUUUCUGAAACAAUAGUUCAUACAAGUCACCAUGUAUUCUGUCAGUGCUAUAAAUAGAUGUUUACUUUGUAGCCUGGUUGUUAUUCUUUUUGCAGCUUACACACGAGGUCAGUGUUUGAGUUCUCGUGCAGUUGUGUUUGAAAACAAAUGCUAUCAGUACUUUAGUAACGAGCAGUCAUGGAACGAAGCAGAGAAUUACUGCUCCAGUUCUUUGGGGGAUAGAACCCUGGCCAAAGUCUCCUCGCCAGCUGAACUGGCAUUUUUGUUUCGCCUAAAACAGUCGGGCACCUUUUGGGUAGGUGCAAGCCUCAAUAAAACUGGCAAAUGGACUUGGACAGACAAGAGCGAGGUAAACAUGACGUCGUUGUGGGGGACUGGUGAGCCCAACAAUCGAGGUGGGGACGAAAAAUGUGUGGAGAUCAAUGUAGAUGGAAAACUUAAUGAUCUGCAAUGUAAUGCGUCGCGACAAUUUGUUUGUAUGGAACUGAAAGUAGUACAAACUACAGUGACUAUCCCUACUGUGGUCAGUACUACAACACCGCCAGGCCCUGGUGUCCUUAGUGUGGACAGUUCAGCGACAACCCCAGGCACUGAUGUUUCCAGUACCGUGGGCACCACUGUAGCACCUGAAAGUGGUGCACCCACAAACAAUGUGACUCAAGUAGCAGGAACCGUGGCACCCUCAAACAACGUAGCUAGAGCACCGGGACCAGUUGGUUUCACUGCUGUCUUGUCCAAUACAUUGAAGCUUGUUGUAAACCAAAUGCUUGUCUACAACAAGAUUGUCACGAAUGCUGGGAACGCUUACAACAUCAAAACUGGAGUGUUUACAUGUCAAACAGCAGGAAUGUAUUUUUUCCAAUUCCACUGUACAGCUAGCAAGGGGAGUAAACUCAGUGUGUCGCUAGUAAUGAACAAAACUAAGGUUGUCACCCUUCAUAGCUACACCAACCAGGACUUUACAAUGGCUGGUAACUCGGCAGUGCUGCAGCUUAAGGUGGGUGACAAGGUCUUCGUGCAAGCCUCCAGUGCUGGCAGUGUGUACGGCACCACUAGCGACUUCCUCAACACCUUCUCUGGCUUUCUCAUGCAGACGUCAGGUGUUUGAUCCAGGUGUUACCGGCCUCCUUUUUAAUUAUAUAUAUUUUUUUAUCACUAUUCUGGUAUAUUUUAUUAUAAUGUGGCGUGUUUUAUUUUAUAACUUACUGUGUGUUUAACUUUAUCAAUCUUUUGUGUUGUUGAUAUUAAAAGACAAAUCGUGAUUUUGUUACUUAUAAAAUUAUCUAACUUGCAUACAAUCCAUUAUAAACAAAUCGCUUUACAGCUUAUUCAAUUGGGACAUUUUUUUUUUUAAUUUUAAACUAAAGUGAAGCAUACGUCUCUAGUAAAUUUCAAAACAAAACUCGAAAGGUGAUUAACCAGUUUAUUUAAAAUAAUU